AUGGCCUCUGCCAUGGAAGACCUCCUCAAGGAGCCUAUUAUUGUACAGACGUAUCCUCCAAACCUCGCAGUGAAACCUCGCGCACUUCAAGGUCUCAUGCUCCUACCCCGAGAGCAUCUUGCACUUUCAUACCUAGAUCUUACUUCGCCCAACGGCCAAUUCGAAUCGUCCCGUUUCUACAAAUCGAAUAUCAAGAUUCUCGACCUCGAAAGCCGUAUCGGCACUUGUCCAGUAGUCCUCAUUGCGCGACUGGAAAGUAACAAGACAUUCUAUGCACUGGAGCGUCAAGAUGACGGGCUUUAUACCUUGUGCAAGUUGGGCUCCUGGGUGAACUUGGAAGCGAUUGGCCAAAAUGCUACUGUUUCCUGUUCCAGGCUGGUCAAGCCGCGACCUACUCUGCCUGAGAAUACUGCAGUCCUCGAGCCUCCGACGACACCACAGCUGCAGAGGGAGAACAAGAAACGCCGGCUUGCUAUCGAGGCUAUCCAAUCCCUGGUGAAGAAACCGACGCGGUCAAGAUCUGUAUUGCUGCCCUCUCAGGGUGUCGAGUCCACCCAAGCUUCGACCCAAGGGGACGUUGCCGAAUCCCAGGCCCCCGCCCAACUAUCUUCCCACGGUGACCACAGCGCCUCUGAACCUGCUACUCGGAUGGCGAGUCAAGUAAUUGCGGUCCCUGGGACCCCCGAGGAUCUAGUCCAACCGACCUUAGAUGACACAUUGGACAAUGUUCGACAUCAGUAUUUUGAAGCAUUAUAUCAUUCUAUGGGAUCUCUGGCGUAUUUCGCAAAAGGUGCCCUAUCUCGAGCCCGUGCUGCAUUUCAUCUUGACUGCGACUCAGCCUUGGAAAUGGUUGACUUGGUGGAAUUUCUAAAGAGCCUGGUCAUGUCGACUGUGCAGAUAGACAAGAAGUAUCGGGACGCAAUACCAGACAUUCUUGCCAAAAUGAAGAUCCACGCGGUGGAAUCAGAUAACGAACAGGGAACCAAGGCCACGAAGAGAAAGUCGAGAAAGACAAGACUGGGUAAAAAUGGACUGUACCCGAGCGAAGACGAGCACGUCCGAAAGUGGUGGGGAGUGCACAAACCACAGCCCAAAGAUGAAGAUUCCAUGACAACAGCUAUACCCCAGGAGACACGACUCCAGCUAUCAUGUCUUCGGUCAAGGGAAACACAACUGCAAAUUAUCAUCAUUCUCGAAGUCUUGGCGUUGGAAUCGUUGAAGUCUGUCGACAAUCCCAAUGACUCACAGCUCCCAGGCCUUCCUGGGGAGGAGCCCACCCCGGGAGUCUCAAAGGAGUUGCCAACUAAAAAGCGAAACAAGCAUAAUCUCCCCAUGCUUCUCGAUGUCCACGCAGAUCGGCUCAGCAUAUGGCAGUCCACAGCACUCGAUGAGAUCAACAUGCUUGAAGACUCUCAAGCACAGCGACAGGAGGCAGAUAAGUCUGCGAGGUCAAGCUCUGACCCGCUGAGGGACUUUUGUGUGGACAUCAUUGUGCCAUUUUUCUCAUCGCGUCUUCCCGAGCAUUGUGAUUCAAUCAACCGAAAGCUAGGUGGUCCUGUCAUGCCGUCACCGCCAAAAUCCAAGCCAAAGAAGCCUGAUAUGACUGUCAAGCCAAAGCUCAAAUCUGGUGGCGCAACGAGAAAAGCUGCUCCGCCAAAAUCAUCACGUACGCUUGACAGAGUAUUGUCAAAGGAGAUUGAGCAAAAUCGGCGUAGUAUAUCAAGAGGCCCGAGGGGAACGAUUGCUCUGCUCAGGUCGGCAUCCAUCCCAGUGAUUCCAAAUUUGAAACGAGAGGCUAGCGAGCCCCUCUCUGUCGCGGACAUACCAAAAGGAGAUUUGAAAGAUCUAGACAGGCCUAAGAGCAGACCAUCUAGCUCUUCUAGUCUCGUCCAAUCAAAGCAGAGGUCCGGGGAAGAAAGGGCAAAGAAGGAAGCCCAUGUCAAAGCCGAGUUGCAAGACGCCAUUUUAAGCUUGAGGAAGCCUAACAGGGAAGUAGUGAGCAAGGCUUUGGCUGAGACUGAUGAAAGACGCGCGACUACAAGCCUGUCGCAAUUGAGAAAAUCGAAAAAGCCUACCCAGCACCCGCGGUUUCAGACCACCAUCAAAGCAACACCUGUGGGAGUCCGAUUCAGAGAUGCUCUUGCAGGCGAUGCGCAUAAUCAACCAAACUUCGGCAUACGUCACCGCAAGUCUACCGAAACAGAUCAUAUGCCUUCCUCCUCGUCCAUAAUCCCGUCAUCUGCACCUAGAAAGCGUAACCGAGAUGAGGCGUCGAUAGAGGAGUCCCCUGAAUUGCCGGCGUCGAAACGAAGCAGCGGGUAUGUGGCCGCAACACCAGCCAAGCCUUCAAUAAGGCUAGAUGCUCUCUCGGUCUCUGGGAUAGACGAUGGGUUGGUUCUAGCAUCCUCGCCGGUUCUGUCUCGAAAAGCGUCUCAAUCCAAUUUCUUGACGGUGCCUGGCAGCUCCCUCAGGCAUCGAGAUAGUGGGAUCGAGAUACCCUCGUCACCUCCAAGAGUGAGCUAUGCCGAAACGCCUGUGAAGAAGCCAUCGGUCGGGGGCUUUGGCUCAUUGGAAGGCUACAUUACUGUUACACCGGUGAAAAAGAGAAACGUCGAUCACGGUACUGCCGCAUCUCUUGUUUCAGAUGGGACACAGGUGAAUGAAGGAAUGAUGAAGAUGUCCAUCUUCGAGCGGCGCGGGUGGGAUGAAGAUCCCGAUGACCUUGCUUGA